AACAGAAACACCUUGUGACAUAUGACUUCACUACACCGUGAUAGUCACACACGAAAAGGCCAGCAAAACAACUAAAACACGCUGCUGCGGUCGCUUACGCGCUCGGACAGCUCUGGCCUCGCUUUUCAAAAUGACGUUCAAACUACUGACGACAGUUUUUAUCCUGGGAUUGUGUUCGGCUCUCCACACCCAUUGUACGGCCGCAGUCCCAAGCGAGGACACACGUGUACAGCCCCCAGUACCCGCGCCGUGCUGUGUACCCAAACAGUGGGAGGGUGACAUCCACAUGAUCCAGGGCUACGUCAGGUCAGGCAAGCCAGGAUUGCAGAAUGUGACGACAAGAGAGUCCUAUGAUUUCACACGAAAGAUGAUCGCAGUGGAAGUGCGCGGGAUAGCGACUCCUACUAAGGUCAUCAUGGACUACAACAAGAUGGAGCAGUACACCAUUACAGGAACGACUUGCACGGUCGGCAGAAUGAUGAACACGGGCAUGCUUAACUGUCUGCCAAUGAACUCAACCUACAUGGGUUCGUCCCGCUUUGGUGGGAUGGAGGGUUUGCUCGUGGACUCGUGGUCUAUAGUUGACCCUAUCCUCGGUGGCACUGGAGUCAUAGACAUAACUAGAGAUGGGUGCAUCUUGGUGGACGAGGUACGGAUCAGUCCACCUGGCUCACAAGAGCCCAGCCUGAUCACUCUUGGCGUAACUGACGUCACGCUUGGCAUCAAGGACCCUAAAGUGUUCGACGUUCCCAGACCACCGUGCCCACCCAACCCUGGGAACGAGAAGCUGAAACCAGUCCGAAGAUCUGGAACGUUCCUCUUCACAGGACUGUAAACACAACACUGUUGGUCGAAGGGUAAAGGGGGUCAGAUGCGAGGACGUCCGCGAGCUUCUCAAUCGGUACUAUCAGAAUGCUCCAACACGUUCCACUAAUGGAGUUUGUUAAACGUCUGUAAUUGCUUCUUUGUUGUUGACGCAAAUGCAGAAGGCAAUUUUUGAGCAGGAGGUCGUCGAGAAUACAGUGUAAUGUGCUAAAUCCACUUUGCCUUAAAAAAUAGACUGGGAAGAACGGCAUGAUUCUUCAACGACUUUUCAAUGUUUCAAGAACAGUGACCGUAACAAAAUCAAAGUUUGGCAAUUGCAUGCUACCGUUUGUCGUUCAUACCAUUGCUUUGCUUCCAGUAUUACAAUUUGGGGGUACUGUUUUCACAGCAGUCUUCUUACUCAGUCGCGUUACAGAACAUAUAAAUGAGCUAUACAACAGCAACGGUCAAAGUCUGAAGAGAUUGGCAAGGUAUCUAUCUAUGACAGUGUACAGAGGACAGGCAUAACCCACCUAUUGCCCUCAUUACACAAGACCCCAAA